AUACAGGAAGCUGGGCUGCUACUCAGCUAAACGCUAGCUGUCAACAAAGGACGAAACUGUACGAAGUCGGUUAAUCCAUGAGGAAGUCGGCGGUGUUGUCGACCCUGAGAGCCUCUCUGUAAAUCUGCACUUCACCACGCCGACAGCUGAACCUGAAACAUGGCGACCACAGCCCAGCUGUUCGAGGAGCCCUUUGAUGCGGAUGAGUACAUCGAAAGGUUGGCAUGGCGGACACCUGGGGGAGGCUCCAAGGGAGGAGCUGAGGCGUUUGACCCCAAAAGGCUGUUGGAAGAAUUUGAGAACCACAUAGAAGAGCUGAAGCAGCUGGACGAGAAGAUCCAGCGGCGAGUCGAGAAGCUUGAGCAUCAGUGUCAUCGUGAGGCCAAGGAAUUUGCACACAAAGUGCAAGAUUUGCAAAGAAGCAACCAGGUGGCCUUUCAGCAUUUCCAGGAACUCGAUGAGCACAUAAGCUAUGUGGCAACAAAGGUUUGCCACCUUGGCGACCAGCUGGAGGGUGUGAACACGCCUCGACAGAGGGCCGUGGAAGCUCAGCGUCUAAUGACCUACUUCAACGAGUUCUUGGAUGGGGAGCUACGCAGCGAUGUCUUCAAUAACCCAGACAAGAUUAAGGAGGCUGCUGAUAUAAUUCAGAAGCUGCAUCUCAUUGCCCAGGAGCUGCCAUUCGACAGAUUUGCAGAUGUCAAGGCAAAAAUUGCAAGUAAGUACCAUGACCUGGAGCGGCAGUUAAUCCAGGAGUUCACAGCUGCCCAGCGCAGGGGUGAGAUUGGACGUAUGCGGGAGGUGGCAGCGGUUCUGUUGCAUUUCAAGGGCUAUGCACACUGUGUGGAUGUCUAUAUUAAGCAGUGUCAGGAAGGAGCCUACCAGAGGAAUGAUGUGUUUGAGGACACUGCAGUCCUCUGCCAGAGAGUCAACAAGCAGGUGGGCGAGGUCUUCAGCAGCCCAGAGACUGUUAUGGCCAAACUCAUUCAGAACAUCUUUGAAAACAAAUUGCAGGCCCACGUUAGAGAAAAACUGGAUGAAACAAAACACUCUGAUGUCGAACAAUACCUCAAGAACCUCUAUGAUCUUUACACCAGGACCACAGCAUUGGCCACUAAGCUGACUGAGUUCAACCUUGGCUCAGACAAGCACACGUUCCUGUCUAAGCUGAUAAAGAGCAUAUUCUCCUCAUACCUUGAAAGCUACAUUGACAUGGAGAGGGAAUACCUUCGCAGUCGAGGUGCCAUGAUUCUGCAGCGAUACUACGACUCCAAGAACCACCAAAAACGCCCAAUUGGCACCGGCAGUAUCCAAGAACUGAAGGAGCGGAUCAGACAGCGCACCAAUCUCCCUUUUGGCCCUAUGAUUGAGACCCAUGGGGAGACCUUUCUGUCCCCAGAGCUAGUCGUCAACCUGCUGCAGGAGACACGUCAUGCCUUUGAGAGAUGCAACAGGCUUUCAGAUCCUUCAGACCUGCCCAAGAACGCCUUCUCAAUCUUCCUGCUGCUGGUUGACCAUCUGUGUGUGGAUCACAUUGACUACGCCCUAGAGAUUGGCCUCUCAGCGAUUCCCUCAUCAGAUUCCAAGAAUGCCAACCUGUAUUUCCUGGACGUCGUUCAACAGGCUAACUCUAUCUUCCACUUGUUUGACAAGCAGUUUAAUGACCAGCUCAUGCCUCUUAUAAGCUCAUCUCCAAAGUUGGCAGAGUGCCUGCACAAGAAGAAAGAGGUGAUUGAACAGAUGGAAGUGAAACUGGACACAGGAAUCGACAGAACAAUAAACUGCAUGGUGGGGCAAAUGAAGCACAUCUUGGCAACAGAGCAGAAAAAGACUGAUUUCAGGCCUGAGGAUGAGAACAACGUCAUGAUCCAGUACACUGCAGCUUGCUCUAAGGUAUGCGCCUACGUCAGUCGGCAGGUGGAGCACGUGCGGAAGUCCAUGGAUGGGAAAAACGUGGACACAGUCCUGACCGAGUUGGGCAUUCGUUUCCACCGGCUCAUCCACGAGCACUUACAGCAGUACAGCUACAGCUCAAUGGGAGGCAUGCUGGCCAUCUGCGACGUGGCUGAAUACCGACGAUGCGCCAAGGACUUCAGGGUACUUCUGGUGCUGCAGCUCUUCGACACACUUCACGCCCUCUGUAACCUCCUGGUCGUUGCCCCUGACAAUCUGAAGCAGGUUUGUUCAGGUGAGCAGCUCACCAAUCUGGACCGAAACCUCCUGCACGCCUUCGUCCAGCUCAGAGUGGACUACCGUUCAGCCAGACUGGGCCGACACUUCAGUUAAUGACUAUUUCAACACCUCGCUGCCCUCCGUCCAGAAACCCAUGCUUUGAUGAAACGAUGCACCUUGAAGAAACCCAUUGCUGCUUCAGAGAAAGCAUCGGCCUGGCCCCGGCAGACAGACUUCUCUGGGGUUGCUUUGUGCAUCAUCGAGACAAAAGGCUCCUUGAAUGUGGGAAAUGUGCAUUUCACCUUUUUUCAUUGUUCAUUUCUUCAAUCUGAAGAAAUCCAAAAUGUCUAUUGACUUAAUAUUUCAUUUGUUUUUAAAUACUAAUCCAUCACCAAUCCACAUGGCUAAAAUUUCUGACCUAUUAUAGUAAAUGGACAACAUUGAUUUCUGUGCUCAUGUAAACUAUAUAUUUUUUGAUUGUGCCAAAUAUAUAAAUUCUGUGGCUGCAAUUGUGCACACGAAUAGACCCCUAAAGCUGCUGUAAAGGGAGACUGUCAACAAUAACGCUGUAAUGUCAGACAUCCGGGCUGCAGUAGCACUGUGUACUGGGAACAGCUUCCCUUUGUAAUGAGGUGUAGGGGACCUGACAGAGACAGCCCCACAGCAUGCAAUAUAGAGCCCUGUCUGGCUAAGAGAGACACGUGACCACCUCUCUAACCUUUGACCUCUGACCACAAAGUAGAGGUCAAGAGGCCAUCAAAGAGAAGUGUGAUCUGAACUAUUAACAGGUCUGAGAACUUCUCUGGAGGUUUGGGUGGUCCCCUAUUAGGCUAAGAUGACUGGUGUGAUGGGUCAGUGAGUCUGUGUCACUGUAAUUGCACAGAUCAACACUUACUCAUCCAGCUGUGGGUGAACACAGUCCAAAGACAUUGUUGGCUGGAUCUGCAGUGUUUCCUGGUCAGGGGACAUUCAAAUGUUGACCUCUGCUGAUUAAUGAAACAAACUAGAGGGGACUUCUUCACACAGGGCUUAUCUGGUCUCAGUCACUGUCUUCUGCACUAAAAAAAGAAGGCAGAUCAUGUCCCUGAUGCCUGAAACCGUCUCCAACGCAAAGCUGCUCCCACUGUACUGCUGUUUACCCUAAUUAGUGACUCAUUAAAAAAAUGUUGCAUUUUAUUAUCAUCCCUCUUCGGAACAUACUUAAUAAAUGGGGAGCUGUGAAUAGAAAGUUUGCAGAGUCCCUCCACGAAUGUCACUUUCAAAGUGAGAUGAAACAGUCUUCCUUUCUAUGGAAGUCAUCAAGUAUUCAUGGGAAUUCUUGUCACCAGAGUAAAGUUCUUUCUUAGACUUCAGGAAGUGAGCAGAGCCAGAGGGGAUUAGAUAUCUACGAGUUGAUGAAUUGUGUGCAGUAGUCAUGGACUGGGGGAGAGCCGGGGAGAUAGAGACGCCUGAGAGCUCAGUUCCAGCUCCGGCUGGCUAGUGUUGUGUAGAAUGUACACACUGUGCUGUGCAAGUUCAAACAACAUAAUUAAUUAGGCUAAUAUUAAUAUUAUCAAUGCCACAUAAAUUCAAUUCUCUCAGCCCUAAUCACAACUGGAUAGCUUGUAAAAAUUAUUUUGUUAGGCCCUGAUGCAAACAGUGGGUCUUUUUCAAACAUUUGAAAACUAUUUGUUUUUGCGGCGAUUAAUGUGCUCGACGCAGGAAGGGUUGGGGGAGCGGAGCCAGGCCAGGGACGAUAACUGGUGUGGAGACGAAGGCAGAGGCGCAGUCUGGCCCCAGGGACUCCCAGCGCAGGCACAUGGAAGAGGGGGAGGGAUGUGUUUUUUGGGGUGGGUGUUUGAGCAGGUGGAGGGGAUUAGUAAUACUGUCAACACUGGAGAGCUGGAUAAGACUGUCCUCUCUUACUCGUCGGUUUGAGCAGCUCUUGCAUACACAUUCAGACACAUAAAGACGCCAACACAUACAAACACAGGGACAUCAGGACAGGAGAGGGAAACGUAUCUGCGGUUAAACUGACCAUGGACAAGUUGUUCAUGUUCUACUAGUUUUAAAUCCACAUCCUUCCAAAAAGCCAAUAGCACUCAAUAAGCACCUUCAGUAUGUUUCCGGUAGCCAUUCAGAUACCAGGAAAACCUUCAUAAUAUCACAGUUAUUAGCCCUGAAUAAGGACCUGUACAGUAACUACCAGCCAAGAAUCUUGAAUUUAAGACUUUUUAAACAAAAAAUUAAAGCUACUAAUUAAAGCUGCCAGGCGCCAACACAUCUGCCAUCUAAAGCACAAAAAAUCUGAUCUUUAAAUUUAAAAAGAACCUCAUGUGAGUGUAAAAAAACACAAUAAAAAAAUUCUGCAAUUGAAUCCUCUUUCCCACUGACCACAGAUACCCUCAUUUGUUUCCCCUCUUUCAUGCAUAUCCCUCCUUUUGUCUCCUUUGCCAAAUCAUCAACCAUACUUUCCUAUCUUUCCGCUCUUCCUGCACAACAGGCUGGUCCUCCAACAUCCCAUAAAUCCUUGCUUUCGGCGCAUUGCUGCUACCCCAACUAGGCCGGCCCUCCCUCUGCCUCCUGGAGCACUGACAAUAAAGCAUUACAGCAGUCAAUCCAUGUCAACAACAGCUUUGCUUAAUUCCUGCUAAACACGUUCAAGCUAAAUCUUCACCUAAUGAUGCAUAAUGAUUUUCUCUUUAGUGUGCUGGCGGCUAGUAUCAAUUUUGGUGGUUUGUUUUACCCGCCAUCGCAAAGCUGACUCAGGUGGUUUAACUGUAUCAGCCAGACACGGACGUUAAGGAUCCCCCUGUUAAAAUGAGUCGGGUAAUUGUGACUCUUCACACUUGAGAGUGUGUGGCAGUCAUACCGAACAUAUCAGGGUUUCACAUGCUAAAUGUUGUUGGCUUGUACCAAUUCAAACAUAACAGAAUAA